AUGGAAGACAGCACGCUAUCUGACUACAACAUCCAGGAGUCCACACUGCACCUGGUGCUGUGCCUCAGAGGUGGGAUGCACAUCUUCCUGAAGACCCUGAAAGGCACAAACAUCACUCUGCAGGUUGAGCCCAGUGACACCAUUGAGCUGGAAUAUGGGUGCACCCUAUCUGACUACAACUCCAAGAAGGAGUCCACCCUGUACCUGGUGCUGUACCUCUUAGGUGGGUUGCAGAUCUUCAUGAAGUCCUUGACCGACACCACCAUCACCCUGGAGGUGGAGACCAGUGACACCAUUGAGACUGUCAAGGCAAAAAUUCAAGACAAGGAAGAUGGUGACAUUUGCUGGCAACAGUUAGAAGACUGGUGCACCUUUCCUGACCAACACAUCCAGAAGGAGUACACCCAGAACCUGGUGCUGCACCUCCAAGGUGGGAUGCAGAUUUUCGUGAAGACACUGACAGGCAAGACCUUCACCCUGGAGGUGGAUCCCAGUGACACCAUUGAGAAUGGCAAGGCAAAGAUGCAAGACAAGGAAAGCAAUCUUCCUGACCAGUAA